GGGAAGGGGGCAUGUACAGGAUGUUGCUGAGCAACUAGCCACACCCCCUGAGAGGUGCAUGGUCUCUCAGAAUCCUGUGGCUUUUGUCUUCGAGGGCCUGCAGUGGUGGGAAAAGAAAGCCUGAGGGGCUCUCUCAGUCCCUGAGUUUUCGGGAAAUCUCUCUGGAGAUCCUCUGAAGGACGGAGACAUGGCGGAGGCGGGGAACCAGUGAAGGAGAACGCUAAGGACUUCACUCAUUGUACAGCCAGGAAGGUCCUUUCAUUUGUGGCUUUUGUCUUCAGGAGCUCUCUCAGUUCCUGAGUUUCGGAAAUCUCUCUGGAGAUCAUCUGAGGCACAGAGGCGGGAGGCCAGUGAAGGAGGACUCUGAGGGCUCCACUCGUUUUAAGGCCAGGAAGAUCUCUUUAGUCUUCAGGGCCCGCAGUGGUGGGAACACGAAGCCUGAAGAGCUCUCUCAGUCCCUGAGUUUCGAGAAUCGCUUCAGAGAUCUUCUAAGUGACAGAGACAUGGCAGAGACGGGAGGCCAAUGAUGGAAAACUCUGUGGACUUCACUCAUUGUAGACCCAGGAAGGUCCUUUCAUUUGUGGCUUUUGUCUUCAGGAGCUCUCUCGGUUAGUCUUCAGGGCCCGCAGUGGUGGGAACACGAAGCCUGAGGAGCUCUCUCAGUUCCUGAGUUUCGAGAAUCGCUUCAGAGAUCUUCUAAGUGGCAGAGACAUGGCAGAGACGGGAGGCCAAUGAUGGAAAACUCUGUGGACUUCACUCAUUGUUGACCUGGGAAGGUCCUUUAAUUUGUGGCUUUUGUCUUCAGGGCCUGCAGUGGUGGGAACACGAAGUGUCAGGAGCUCUCUGAGUUUCGGAAAUCUCUCUGGAGAUCCUCUGAGGCACAGAGGCUGGAGGCCAGUGAAGCAGGACUCUGAGGACUCCACUCGUUUUAAGGCCAGGAAGAUCCAUUCAGUCUAUAGGGACCGCAGUGGUGGGAACGUGAAGCCUGAGGAGCUCUCUCAGUUCUUGAGUUUAGAAAUCUCUCUGGAGAUCCUCUGAGGCACCAAGGUGGGAGGCCAGUGAAAGAGGACUCUGAGGACUCCACUCGUUGUAACGCCAGGAAGAUCCCUUUAGUCUUCAGGGCCUGCAGUGGUGGGAACACGAAGUCCGAGGAGCUCUCUCGGUUCCUGAGUUUCGAGAAUCAGUCCAGAGGUCUAAGUGACAGAGACGGGGGGCCAAUGAUGGAAAACUCUGUGGACUUCACUCAUUUUAGACCCGUGAAGGAUCUUUAAUUAGCGGUUCUUGUCCUGGAGAUCAACGGACGGGUUUUCCUCCUGGAUCAGGAGCCAGGAGGACACAUACCUACUGAGAUACAAAGCUCGGGUAAGGCUAAAGCUGGAUAGAAAAUUGAUCGAAAAAACGACAAUGUAAACGCUUGUUCGAUAGCACAUUCAAUCCACAAUCACUGUAUGGGAAUUUCUUGAAGGAACAUCCACAGUUUUUCAUUCACAACAUUUUUUUCCCCACCAAUUUAUGAUUGUAACCUUGUUCAGGACUCACCCCGAGGAUACGAUACGUGGGAUAGAAGAGGAUCCUUAUUUCGGGCCCCUCUUUUCGGAGAACGUUUUUCGCUAUCAGAACUAUGGCUUGCAUGAGUGAGAAGAGCAAGUCCACGUUGGCCAUGGUGAUGCUUGGAGUCCUGGCCUUGCAGAAAAAAAAGAGGAAGAAAAGAAAGCACAGAGUGUGGUGCAAAAAUCUGUCGCUGAACCGCGAAAAAUCUUCACAGGCGUCUCCGAUGAACAGCUUGAAAGAGAACGACCCCGACGACUUUCGCAACUAUCUGCGCAUGUCAGGGGAAUCCUUCGAGCUGCUGUUGAAUCUGGUGGAACCGCUGAUCAGGAAGAAAGAGACCUUGAUGCGGCAAGCUAUUAGCGCAGAGCAGAGGCUGGUGGCGACGCUGCGCUUUUUGGCGACCGGACGAAGUUUAGAAGAUCUGAAGUUCUCCACGGGAAUAUCGGCGCAAUCGCUCGGAAGGAUCAUUCCGGAGACGUGUGCCGCUAUUGUGAGGGUCUUGCAAGCGGAAUAUUUGAAGUUCCCCAGCAAUUCAGUGGAGUGGAAAGCAACUGCUGAAGAAUUUAACGAUCUGUGGAACUUUCCAAACUGCGGAGGAGCACUCGGUGGGAGACAUAUUCGGAUCAUCCCACCCGCCCAUUCCGGAUCGUAUUACUACAAUUACAAAGGGUUCUUCAGCAUCAUACUCUUGGCUGUCGUCAAUGCCAAAUACGAGUUUCUCUACCUGGACAUUGGCAAAAACGGGAGUAACUCCGAUGGCGGCGUCAUUGACCGAAAUGAGUUUCAGAGACGGCUAAAAACUGGCAAUUUACACCUGCCAAACAACCAAGAGACUGUGGAAGAACUCAAUUUUGUCUUUGCGGCAGAUGAUGCCUUUGCGCUUCACGAGCACAUACUGAAACCUUUUCCAAAAAGAAAUAUAACACCAGAGCAAAAAAUUUUCAAUUACCGUCUGUCCAGAGCUAGAAGCGUUGUGGAAAACGCCUUUGGGGUAAUGUCAUACAGGUUUCGAGUUUUUCACACGGCCAUAAACCUCGGUAUGGAGAAAAUUGACCUGAUUGUUGAAUGCUGUUGUAUUUUACACAACUUCCUACGGCGCACAACUGUCACCUACAUGCCCGCAUCGUCCAUAGACAGAGAGGACACCAUGGAUGGGACAUUUGAGCCGGGAGAAUGGAGAAAUGACAGCGAAGGUCUGCUUAACUUAGCGCCUGCGCGCCCUCGGCUGCCAAGUGCCAGUGCACGUCAAAACCGAAUGAACUAUGCAGAAUACUUUGUUGACAGGGGUGCUGUUGCCUGGCAGAACGAUAUUUAGUGUGACACUUAUAUACAUUUAAAUGAUUAUCUGUAUAAUAUGAUAUCAAUUUAUGAAGUUUCAAUGAUAACAAUGUUUGUACACUGAUCAGCCAUGACCUUAUGACCACCCACCAUAACCCAUUGAGGCAUAGAGUCCCCUAGACCUCUGAAGGUAUGCUGUGGUGGCAUCAAGCCGUCAGUAGCAGAUCCUUUAAUCCCGUAAGUUACGAUGAGGGGCCUCCAUAGAUCAGUCUUUUUUUUCCAGCAUUUCCCGCAGGUAAUCAAUUGGAUUGAGAUCUGGAGAAUUUGGAGGCUAAGUGAACAUCUCAAUCUCAUCAUUGUGUUCCUCAAAUCAAUCUCGAAUCCAUCAGACCAGGCUACCUUCUUCCAUUGCUCAGAGGUCCAAUUCUGAUGCUCAUGUGCCCGUUGUAGGUGCUUUUGAUUGUGGGCAUGGGUCAGCAUGGGCACCCUGACCGGUUUGCAGCUACACAGCCCAAUACACAACAAACUGCGAUGCUCUGUGUGUAUUGACACCUUUCUAUCAGAACUAGCAUGAGAUUUUCCAGCCAAUUGGAGCCCCAGGA